AUGCAUCUACUAAAGACCAUCCUGGGGGCGACACUUCUAGUUGGGACCCAUGCCACUCUCCAAAUUGUACCUGGUGGCACCUGGACUGCGACGAACACCGGCAAGCACAUUCAAGCUCAUGGCGGUGGCAUUUUGAAAGUCGGAGAAACAUACUACUGGGUCGGCGAGGACAAGACAGAAGGCUCGGCAUUCCAAAAUAUCAACUGCUAUUCUUCCAAAAAUCUCGUCGAAUGGAGGUACGAAGGGGCUCUUCUGACCCGCCAGGGUUCAGGCGACUUGGGCCCAGAUCGCAUCAUUGAGCGCCCGAAGAUCAUAUACAACAAAAGUACCAAGCAAUAUGUGCUCUGGAUGCACAUCGACAGUUCGAACUAUGGUGAUGCUAAGGUCGGCGUCGCCACUGGGAGUACGCCAUGCGGCCAGUACUCUUAUAAAGGCAGCUUCAGGCCUCUAGGAUUUGAGAGCCGGGAUUCUGGAGUUUUUGUGGACGAUGAUGAGAAAGGAUACCUCCUCACGGAAGAUCGCAAGAACGGACUGCGUAUCGAUCUCCUCGCCGAUGAUUAUCUGACUGUCAAGUCAUCCACGUAUUUGUGGAAAGAAUCAAUUGAAUCACCGGCGAUGAUCAAGAAGAAUGGCGUGUAUUUCAUGUUCGGGUCUAAACUCACCGGCUGGGAUCCGAAUGACAACGUCUAUAGCACUGCAACGAAGAUAACCGGACCGUGGUCCUCUUGGAAGAAAUUUGCAGACUCAGGGUCCAACACAUAUGCCAGCCAAACCACGUUCAUUCUCCCCGUCGGCGACAGUUUCAUGUAUAUGGGGGAUCGGUGGGUCAAGGACAAUCUGAUGCGCUCGACUUAUAUCUGGCUACCUCUGCAAAUAUCAGGCACUACCGCCACUAUGAAGAAUGCGGUAAAUUGGGUCCCCAAUGUUGCGUCGGGGUCUAUGACCUCUGGUCCCUCGGAGAAUACGUAUGAAGGCGAGUCAGCGCAGCUCAGUGGAGGCGCCAAAACGGUUUCCUGUUCUGGCUGCUCAGGAAAGAAUGCUGCAGGCUAUAUCGGCGGUUCUAGCUCUGGUUCUGUCUUCUUUGCAAAUGUAACCAGUGCUGCCACGACAAGAACGACGAUCCGGAUCAAGCACCUGAACGGAGACAAGAGUCAGCGUUUCGCCGAUAUAAGUGUGAACGGGGGAGCAGCGCAAAGAGUCGCUUUCUUACCACAUGGGGGAAAUGACCCCUCAAGUAGCACUCUGCAUGCUGACCUGAAGAGCGGGGAUAAUACCAUCCGCAUCAGUAUGUCUGGAGGAGGAUGGGGCCCAGAUAUCGAUCGUUUGAUGGUGCCUACCUCUUGA